AGUGUCACGCAUCACAGCUGCUGCUUGCCUUGCUUGCUGUGCUGUUUUCUAAACAUUUUAGGUUACAGAAAGCGUGUGAACUGUGAAUCCAAACAGUAACUAUAAAAAUGGCAAAGAAGAAAAAUAAAGAGGGCAAAAAGAAAAUAAACCUAGUAUUCGACGAAGCCAAGAGAAAGGAUUUCUUGUGUGGGUUCCGUAAAAGAAAGUUAGAACGAAAGAAAAAAGCACAAGAAGAAUUGAAGCAGCUUUUAAAAGAGGAAAGAAAGAGGAUAAAACAGGAGAAUAAGGAGUCAUACAAAAAACUGGUGGUGUCUAGCAGACCCAUACCAGACAUAGAGCAACUGCUUCAGGAUGAAUAUGAAGACGAGGAUGUUAACGUCAAAAUUGUUGAACUGUCCGCUGAUACUUUACAGAAGAAAGAUUUAGUCAUUGGUGAAAAUAAGCCUAAAGAGAAAAUUAAUAAAGUACAAGAUAAAACUAAAAAUAAAGGUAAUCAGAAGCCAGUAGCUAUUUCUGGGAUGGGAUCAGAUGAAGAAAAUGAAGAGGAGGGUUCUGAACAAAACGAGAAUGAUGAUGAUGAUGGAAAUUUAAAAACUAAGAAGGAAAUAAAAAAUAUGUUAAAGAAACAAGCCACUAAGAAAAUACAGAAGAGCAAAGUAUUCCAAAUGAAAAGUAAACUGGACAGAGUACAAAAUAAAAAGAAAUCAAUGCAGAAGAAAGGCCACAUGAAAGGCAAAUCUGAGCCAAAGAAAGAACGAGGGAAAAAGCCUAAACCAGACCUAAGGAAAGAUAAAUCUAAGAAAAAAAGUGGUAGAAGAAAACAUUAAUAUUAGUUUCUAUUUUUAUUUCAAAUCAAAAAUAACAUUAAUGAGGUAUUUCACAUGAUUUCCUUACAGAAAAAUAACAAAUUAUCAAAAUGGUAUUCUCAAAAAUUGUUCCUAAUUUUAGCUGCAUCCACUUGUUACAAUAACAAAAGUUGUACAAACAAAAAUACUUAUAGAUAAUAAGAAACGUGCAUUUUGCAAACUUAAUAAAAAUAUAUCACUUAUUA